AUGGCUAUCCAAGAAGAAACCAUGGUCACUGAAUCAUCACUGUCUAGUGAUCCACCUAUCACUAUUGGGUUGGCCGUGAGCAGCUCCAAGUCCAGCAAGUAUGCAGUGAGAUGGGCUCUGAAAAACUUUGGUACCAGAGAGAGGACAAGGUUCAUGCUCAUCCAUGUCCGACAAAAGGUCACACUUGUCCCAAUCCCGAUGGGAAACUAUGUUCCUGUUGAUCAAUUGAGGGAUGACAUUGCUAGUGCAUACGAAAAGGAAGUUGAAUGUGAGGCCCAAAAUAUGCUCCUUAUGUACAGGAACAUGUGUGAUGGGAAGGUUGAAGCUGAAGUAUUGGUUGUCAAGGGUGAUGAUGUGGCAGAAACUAUUUCAGGUGUUGUCUUAGCAUGCCAAAUCCACAAGCUUUUUGUUGGUGUCUCUUCUCAGGGCAACUUUAUGAGGAAGUCCAAGGGCAAUAGGACGUCCUCUCGCAUAUGCAAGUGUGUUCCAAGCUUUUGUAUGGUGUAUGCUAUUUCAAAAGGUGGGUUGUCCAUGGUUUAUUCUCCCGGAUCAGAAAGUGACAACAGUUCUAAGAUGCUCCAGGUCAACGAGAGUUCUAACAGUGAGCUUUCUUCAGAUAAGUCAUCAGUAUCAGAUAUUACACCUUCCACAAUUUCCAGAUCCAACUCGCUCGGUGGGAAUCUGGACAGUCCCCCCUCUGCACAUCAUAAUUGGUCACACUGUUUACAAGGACAUCUCUCUGGAAGCACUUUAACAUCUACUGUUGAUAAAGAUCAAAGUAUCAGUCCUUGUACUGAUGGAUCUAGUAACUCAUGGAUCUCAGAAAAAAGUCCAACAGUGAGCAGGGCACUGCAAGAAUUGAUGCUCUCAGAGGACGAGGCAAGCACUCCUUGUGCCAGUGGUCAAAUUUCUGCAUCUACUAAUUUGCCUGUCUCCGACAAAGCUCUAACUGUAAAGAGUGCGCUGCAGGGAUUGAUGCUUUCAGAGGACAAGGCAAGCACUCCUUGUGCUAGUGGUCAAAUAUCUGGAACUAGUAACUUGCCCAUCACAGGCAAAGCUCCAACUGUAAGCAAUGCACUGCAGGAAUUGAUGCUUUCAGAAGACAAGGAUAAUGUCAAUUUUGAGCUUGAAAAACUCAGGAUUAAACUAGGACAUAUGAAAGGAGUGUGCAAACUCGUUCAGGACGAGUCUACCAGUGCUUCUCAGCAAAUGAUUGACCUAGUUGAAAGACGUGCUCAAGAGGAAGCUCGGCUGGUGGAGGUCCACUACAGGAUCAACACUACCAUUGAAGCAGCACGGAAAGAGAGGGAGCAGCAGUAUGCUGUAGAGGCGCAAGCCAGGCAUGUGAGGGACCUUGCAAAAGAAGAAGCUUUGAAAAGGCAGAAUUUGCAACUUAGGGCAUCAAGGGAGGCUGAUAAUAUGCAAAAGCUGGAGAAACUUCUUGAAUUGGGAGGCAAGUCAUAUAUAAUAUUUACAUGGGAGGAGAUGGAAUCUGCUACAUCAUCGUUUUCAGAGGCACUUAAGAUUGGAUCGGGAGCUAAUGGGACAGUGUACAAGGGCAAAAUCCACCAGAAGACUGUGGCCAUAAAAGUACUCAAAUCUGAUGACAGCCGCAUUACCAAACAUUUCGAACAGGAGCUUCUGACUGCAAAUUCACCAAUGGGGCUAGUUGACACUGUUGAGCGAGCAGUGGAAGAGGAUUGCCUUAUUGACAUCCUGGACCAGCGUGCAGGAAAGUGGCCUGUGCGAGAAGCGCAUGAGCUAACUCAGCUUGGCCUAAGUUGUUUGGAAAUGCGAAGCAAGGAUCGACCUGACCUGAAGUCUAAGGUUCUUGUAGUUUUAGAGCGGCUGAACAAUAUUGCCAGCACUGCCUGUGACUCAGUGCAGGCAGUCCCAACUGCACCACCAAGCCAUUUUAUCUGCCCUAUACUCAAGAGGGUAAUGCAGAAUCCAUGCAUCGCAUCUGAUGGGUACUCAUAUGAGCGGGUUGCGAUUGAGAUGUGGCUUCAUGAGAAUGAUGUGUCACCAUUGACGAAGGCACGACUUCCUGACAAAAACUUGGUGCCCAAUCAUGCUCUGCUAUGCCUGAUCAAUUGUUGGAAGGGAGAAGCAGGAGCUACUGGGCUCAUUCGCUGA